CAAAUGGGCUUUUCUAUAUAUUUUAUAAAAACUUUUGACACUUGCUCCACACAAACCCGGUUUUUUAAGCAAGCACUAAGUAAAUUUGUUAUUAUAAUGUACGCUUGUCGCCCAUUUGUCCGAAGUCUGAAUGGAAGGAGUUCGCUCUUGAGGCAGCUGGUGAUCCUGAGACCUUCCAUGAGGAUUCGCCUUUUGGCCACCAAAGGAUCGAAGGAUAUCAAGGCGAGUGGACCCACGACAAUAGGUCCUGGAGGAGACGUCAUGGUUCCGCCCGUCACCCUUAAAGUCAUACCAUUUCGAAUGCCACCCGAUUUGCCCUACGACGAUCGCAAUAUGAUACUGGGUCGGCAGAUGUCGCCACACUUGACCAUUUACAAGUUGCAACUGACUUCCGGUUUGUCCAUAUGCCUCCGUAUGAGUGGCUUUGCUUUGGGCAUUUUCGUUUGGGCCCUGGGAAUCGCAGGACUCUGCAUGCAGGGCGAUAUGGAUGGAUUUGUCAAAAAGAUCGAGAAUUGCGACUGUCACGGCCUUGUGACGAUGGCCAAGGUGAUGGUUGUGAUGCCAUUUGCCUACCACUUGGUCGCCGGCACUCGGCAUUUGAUCUGGUACCUGAACAAAUUCCUAACCAUACCGGAGGUCUAUGCCACCGGCUAUGUGGCUAUGGUCCUUUCGGUUGCUCUGGCUGUUGGCUUGCUAGUCGUGGACGUUGGUGAAAAGGUAAAGGAAGAGGUGGUGGAUCUUACCAAGCCUCAAAAGAAAGGGCAGACACCGCCGCCAAAGAAAGAAGAAAAGAAGGAUCCCAAGAAGGAUGCGAAGACGGAACCUCCUAAGGAUGCUAAGAAGGACCCCAAGAAAGAUGCAAAGGGCAAAAAUAAGGAAGACGAUGGCAAGAAAUAAUUCUAAUGGUAUUAAGUUUUUUUUUUAUCAAAGUAAAGCUAAUGCUACAUAAAAAAUGUUAGGAAACCUAGAAAGACGAUCAACUAAGCUUAAGGCCAUGACGAUAGCUUGCAUUGAUUUUUUAAAUUGGUUUCAAAAUUUAAAUGUAUUAAAUUUAUCAUAAAUUAAUAUAUUCACAGAAAUUUCAUUUUA